AUGGAUCUCCAGGAAGAAUUAAGGAAAAUAAAAAGUCAAUUGGAGAGCGGACUGAUUGAUGAGAAUGAAUAUGAUCAACGCCAAAAGUCAAUAGUAGACGCAUGGGUAGGUAAACCAAAUAGCAAUAAUACUACCGAGACUACCGAGCCUUCUUAUAAUACGAGCUUAUAUGCAGUACUCCAGUUAGAGUCUAACGCAACUGAUGCGGAAAUCAGAUCAAAAUAUAGAAAACUUGCUAAGGAUUACCAUCCAGAUAAGAAUGGUGGUAUUGAAACUCCAGAGUGGAAUAAACUCAUUGAAGCAUACGAAAUUCUCUCAGAUAACAAUAAACGUGCUCUUUAUGAUAGAUAUGGGAUAGUUAUUAAUGAAUCAAGCAAAUUUAACGCCUACGUAGGAGGAGAUUCUUGGCUCCCUUAUAUUGGUAACUUAGAAAUUGGUCUUUGGUUUUCCUCAGUUUUAGAAAGUGAAAGCUCGCCAAAGCUGAAAAUAAUGAAUAGAAGUGAUGAGAAAAAACGUCGAUAUGCUAUUCGUAUAUCCCAAAUUGUUUGUCACUUACGAGAAAAACUUCUUCAAUUCCCAAAACAAGAUGAUCAGUCGCUUAAAGAAUUUGAACUAUUCAUUAAACAAGAAGCUCAAAAAUUAUCCAUGGAACCUAAUGGCAAGAUGCUGCUAUCUUUAUUGGGAUGGAUUUACAUUUCAAAGUCUCAGGAUUAUCUACCGACAAUAUCAAAUAUUUGGAAUAAAUGCUUAGAUAUAAGUUCUGAUAUUUUUGGAGUUGCUACUGGCUUGUUCUUCAAUAAUACGAUGGCCAAAUUCAAGAACAAGUCUUCAUUAAACCAUGAUGAGAUCAAUAAAAUAGUCUGGAGACUCUCACAAUCAGAAAUAUCUUCAAUCAUUCGUGAAGUCUGUGAUAAUGUUUUAAAUAGUAAUCAAGAUGAAAGGCAUCACCUUGCUAAUGGUUUGCAACUCUUAGGCAAAAUAUGGAUUGAAGUAGGCGCGCAAUAG